AGGAAUCUCCCCAAUCAGAUGAUAGAGAUUAGUUCAAGCAAACAUUAACUCCAGGAAGUGCUGGAAAGGUUUGAAUUCCUGCCAGCUAGGGGAAUAUCCAGGGUCCUGCAAACACUGCCGUCCCAGCCGGUGAAGGACUGUUUCAGUGCAGGGGAGCAGCUAAACCAGUCCGACAGGUGUACCGUAGCGUAGGGUAUCUCAGGAGGCGUUUCUCUCAGUGGACAGUGUGCCGCCACACACCAUCCAGUCCUCCGCGCAGCUUCGAGGAGCCGAAGAUCCACCAGCAGACGCUUCUUGAUUCGCUGUUUCCCUUCUUAUGGUGAUGAUGUGAUCAAGCCUCAGCCAAGAAACCUCCAUUAAAGAAUGUGUAUGAAUAUGAGUGAGUGAGUGAGUGAGUGAUCGAGUGAGUGAUCGAGUGAGUGAGUGAGUGUGUGUGUGAGUGUGUGUGUGGCGGGCUGGCUAUCUGAGAGCUGUAUGGCGAGGUUGACCCUGGGGCUGUCGGCGUGCAGCCUCCUCCUGCUCUACCUCAUCCUGGAGUCUAAGGAGUCCUUUACAGCUUUGGCUGGCUGGAGACCAGAGGACAUUCCUCCGAAAGAGAUGUUACGCCAGAAAAGAGCGACAGCAGAUGAUGCGACGUUUAACUGGACGUACGUGAUCGACAUCGAAGUGAACGGUUCCUCCGGCCUCAUAGCCGCACUGAACAACAUCAGCCUCCCGGUCCAACUCAACAACAUUACCCAGAUCAGCGAGAUUCAGGUCACCACAGCAUGCACGCCGGUGGGCGCGGGUGAGCAGUGCCGCUGCCAGGAAGGGUUCGCCUGGCCAAUCGAGAGCUGCCUGGCCCACGGCGCCUGUGAUGUCAUCUCCAAGGGUGUCUGCACCUGCAUCAACGGCCCCCCCGCCGACGGGCAGUCCUGUCAACCAAUCGAAUCACUGCAGGCGGAGGUGGUGUUGGAGGUGGUGGUGGAGCUCCACCUCAUAGACCUGGCCACCCUGGAGACUCUCCGCGCCCGGCUGGAGAACAGCAGCUUCCCUCUGGCCCUCAGUCCUGCUGUCGAGAUCACCGACAUCAACAUCACCACAGUUUGCUCUCCAUUCGGGGCUGGGUUCCAAUGCACAUGUGAGGAUCCGUAUCGCUGGCCAUGUGACAAGUGUCUUCUGCAUGGGUCAUGUGACAACAUCACUGAUGAGACGUGUGGAUGCAUCAAUGCCCUUCCCCCUGAUGAAGAAUACUGCCAGCUCUCCCAACUCAUCAAUACAACUUGUCCUUUCACGACUUGUCCUCCAGUGGUCUAUGAGUACCUGACUACUAUCGAGCUGCAAACCACAAAUGUUACAGUGAUAGAGGAACUGAGGAGCAUCCUGGAUAACAUCAGCUACCCCUUCCCCAUCGACAGCAACAUACUGAUCUCUGAGGUCAACAUCACCACAGGUCCUCCAGUGGUCUAUGAGUACCUGACUACUAUCGAGUUGCAAACCACAAAUGUUACAGUGAUAGAGGAACUGAGGAGCAUCCUGGAUAACAUCAGCUACCCCUUCCCCAUCGACAGCAACAUACUGAUCUCUGAGGUCAACAUCACCACAGUUUGCUCUCCAUUCGGGGCUGGGUUCCAAUGCACAUGUGAGGAUCCGUAUCGCUGGCCAUGUGACAAGUGUCUUCUGCAUGGGUCAUGUGACAACAUCACUGAUGAGACGUGUGGAUGCAUCAAUGCCCUUCCCCCUGAUGAAGAAUACUGCCAGCUCUCCCAACUCAGUCCUCCAGUGGUCUAUGAGUACCUGACUACUAUCGAGUUGCAAACCACAAAUGUUACAGUGAUAGAGGAACUGAGGAGCAUCCUGGAUAACAUCAGCUACCCCUUCCCCAUCGACAGCAACAUACUGAUCUCUGAGGUCAACAUCACCACAGUUUGCUCUCCAUUCGGGGCUGGGUUCCAAUGCACAUGUGAGGAUCCGUAUCGCUGGCCAUGUGACAAGUGUCUUCUGCAUGGGUCAUGUGACAACAUCACUGAUGAGACGUGUGGAUGCAUCAAUGCCCUUCCUCCUGAUGAAGAAUACUGCCAGCUCUCCCAACUCAGUCCUCCAGUGGUCUAUGAGUACCUGACUACUAUCGAGCUGCAAACCACAAAUGUUACAGUGAUAGAGGAACUGAGGAUUAUCCUGGAUAACAUCAGCUACCCCUUCCCCAUCGACAGCAACAUACUGAUCUCGGAGGUCAACAUCACCACAGGUCCUCCAGUGGUCUAUGAGUACCUGACUACUAUCGAGCUGCAAACCACAAAUGUUACAGUGAUAGAGGAACUGAGGAGCAUCCUGGAUAACAUCAGCUACCCCUUCCCCCUCGACAGCAACAUACUGAUCUCUGAGGUCAACAUCACCACAGUUUGCUCUCCAUUCGGGGCUGGGUUCCAAUGCACAUGUGAGGAUCCGUAUCGCUGGCCAUGUGACAAGUGUCUUCUGCAUGGGUCAUGUGACAACAUCACUGAUGAGACGUGUGGAUGCAUCAAUGCCCUUCCUCCUGAUGAAGAAUACUGCCAGCUCUCCCAACUAAGUCCUCCACUGGUCUAUGAGUACCUGACUACUAUCGAGUUGCAAACCACAAAUGUUACAGUGAUAGAGGAACUGCGGAGCAUCCUGGAUAACAUCAGCUACCCCUUCCCCAUCGACAGCAACAUACUGAUCUCGGAGGUCAACAUCACCACAGUUUGCUCUCCAUUCGGGGCUGGGUUCCAAUGCACAUGUGAGGAUCCGUAUCGCUGGCCAUGUGACAAGUGUCUUCUGCAUGGGUCAUGUGACAACAUCACUGAUGAGACGACGGAGGAUGUGAUAGAUGACACUCACUGCAAUCAUGUGAAGGAUAUGACGCGUGUUCUCUUGUGCCUUUCAGAUGAGAUCGAGGUGGUCAUGUUAAUGACCCUAGACCUGACCUUCACUCCAGAACUGAGUAAUCCAACGAGCAGCCAGUUCAUAGACCUGAGAGGAAGAGUACAGCCAGUGCUGGAGGCAAACUAUCGAUCGCUCACAGGAUUCAGGUCGAUUAAUGUGCGAGGAUUCAGCGCGGGAAGUGUCGUCGUCGACUUCACGAUCAGGACGACCACGGUGGUUGAUGAAGAGUUGACGGCCGCCAACGACAACCUGGAGCAGAGCUUUGAGCCCAUCGCCGCGGUGCUGGGCUUAACCACCGAACCCUUCAUCAGCCCUGACCCCAUCACCUUCCCCAGCCCGGUGUACACGGGCCAGGCCCGGACACUGACCUGUGGACCCCCGCCUCCCCAGGCGGGCAUCAGGGUGGUGACCGGCGUCUCCUGGACUCUGGGCACCAAUCCCGUCCAGAACCGAGGCCGCUUCCAGAUAACCAGUAGCGCCACAGGCUCCAUGCUGACCAUCAGCAACCUGGUCCCCUCGGACAGGGGUGCAUUCACCUGCACGCUGGUGAGCGGAGCUCUGAGGUUCAUCCAGCGUGGGCGCUUCACCACGGCGACCCUCCUGGCAGCUCCCGUCCUCCUGGUCAAGAGAGAGAGCAACGCCGCCUGUAGGGGCGGCGUCGUUACAGAUACGCCGCGGAGAUGCUGUGUCCAGCCGCCCUACAGGGCCCAGUGGGUCGGUGUGACACCAGGAACAGUGCAGGAGAGCGUGGAGCAGGGAAACAACUGUGUGCAAUAUGACUACAGGUUCGACUGCACUCCCACCACGGUUACCACCAUCUGCCGCGUCAUAGGCAUCCCCGGCUUCCAGGCCAGCAGCCGGCUCAACAUCAUCAGAGCAGCAGCAGUCAUCUGCAACAACACGCUGUACGGCGAGGGCGAGCUGGGGGACGAGUCCCGUCCCGAGUGUGAUAUCGGUUUGGAGGGGGAGCGCCUCGCUGUGUGCCAGGCCAGCAGGGUGUGGCUGACCCAGAUCAACACCUGCAUCCUCACCAGGAUCAACAACCUCCUGACCCAGUCCGAGAGUUUGAAUCAGAAUAGUGUUCCAACGUUCGUGGCAGAACUCAGCGGCUUGGUCAGCGACAAUCAAACCCAAAUAACGAAUUCCCCGGUCAGCAUUUCAGCCAUCGUUGACAUCCUGAUCAACGUGGGCAACGUGAGCACGAUCAUCGAGGAGGAAACCAUGCAGAGCAUCCUUAACACAGUGGAUGUGAUCGUUGGCGACGUCACCGUCGAAUCGUGGACUGUUCUGAACAACAACCGAUCCCUCAACACCAGCUCCUUGUUCCUGGGCUCCAUGGAGACCAUCACCCAGUUCCUGAGCGGGGACGACUUCUCCGUCACCACGCCCAGCAUCCUGCUGAACAGAACCCGGUUAAGCGACUCCUUCAUGGCCGACAUCAACUCCAGCCUGGUCAUCAAUCUCCAGAACACCAACCUCACCGACACCUUCAUCACUACCAUCACCUUCUCCACCCUGAGCAACGUCCUGCCCCCCCGCACCAACGCCAGCCAGGACGCCAACGCCACCGGGCCGGAGAUCCUGAUCAACGCGGCGGUGGUGCUGAUCCAGCUGAACGGGUCCAGGGCGCUGCGGCCCAACCUGACGCUGUCCUACCGCAAGCGGAACACCUCGCUCACCGAGGACCCGCAGUGUGUCUUCUGGAACUUCCAGCUGCUCGACUUUCAGGGCGGCUGGGACAACGAGGGUUGCACCUUCGUCUCAGACGUGGACGACGUGGUGAGAUGCAACUGCAACCACCUGACCUCCUUCUCCAUACUCAUGUCCACGGGCCUCCCGCCAGGAGCCGCGGAGGCCCUGGACAUCAUCACCUACAUCGGCGUGGCCAUCUCCAUCGUGAGCCUGGUCAUCUGUCUGAUCAUCGAGGCGCUCACCUGGAAGGCCAUGACCAGGAACACCACCUCCUACCUGCGCCACGUGUCGCUGGUCAACAUCGCCGUGUCCCUGCUCAUCGCCGACAUCUGGUUCAUCAUCGGCGCCGCCAUCACCUCGGAGACGGACCCGACGGAGAUGGUGCCCCUGGCGGCCUGCAGCGCGGCCACCUUCUUCAUCCACCUCUUCUACCUGGCGCUCUUCUUCUGGAUGCUGGUGUCGGCGCUGCUGCUCUUCUACCGGACGGUCAUGGUCUUCUCCCACAUGUCCAAGGCCACCAUGCUGGCCAUCGGCUUCUCGCUGGGCUACGGUGCGCCCCUGGUCAUCGCCGUGGUGACGGUGGCGGCCACGGCGCCGCAGGUUCCCCAGGGGUACAUCCGGGAAUAUAACGGCUGCUGGCUGAGGUGGGAAGACACCUUCGCCCUGCUGGCCUUCAUCAUCCCCGCCGGAGUCAUCGUCUUCAUCAACUUUGUCAUCCUGAUCGUGGUGCUGACGAAGAUGCUGCGCCGCGGCGUUGAGAGCAGCCACUCCGAGGAGAAGAACACGCUGCUGGUCAUCUUAAGAAGCGUGGCCAUCUUGUUCCCCACCUUCGGGCUCACCUGGGCUCUCGGUGCUGGGUUGAUGGUGGCUCCGAGGAAUUUGGGGCUUCAUGUCACCUUUGCGCUAUUCAACUCCUUACAGGGGUUCUUCAUUCUUGUGUUCGGGACUCUCAUGGACCCCAAGGUCCGAGCUGCUCUGUCCAGAACCAUCCCAGCCCUCAACUCCUCCUCCAACCAGACCCGGACUACCAGUGGAGGAGGAUCGUCGACUGGCAGAUGGGCGCUCCUCAACAGGAUACGAGGACGACGCGAUGUGUACCACGUGACGGGCGCGGCUAACACCAGCAGCUCCAACACCGCAUCGGAAUCCUACCUCAACAUUUGAUUUUGAACGUUUGUUAUUCAAUCUUAACGCUGUGACGUAACACAGAGCACUUUUCAUGUCUUGCAGGGAAUAUUAAACAUAGGGAUUGUUGCUUUCACCGAGUUCUGUUUUACCUUUAUUUGUUUUGUGUGUAUUUGAACUCUCAAUAAAACUUG